AUGGGAAGCCUUGAGGCAUUCUAUUGUACAAUUCAUCAAACAACCACUGUUGCUGCUAUAGACAAUUCUACAGAGGAACUUAACUACGAUCAGGUGUUUGUGAGAGAUAUUGUGCCAAGAGCUUUGGCGUUCUUGAUGAACGGUGAAGCUGCAAUAGUGAAGAAUUUUCUUAUGAAAACGUUACGGCUCCAAUCAUGGGAGAAGAAGAUAGAUCAGUUCAAGUCAGGAGGAGUUAUGCCUGCUAGUUUUAAAGUGCUUCAUGACCCUAUUAAGAACUCGGAGACUAUAGUUGCUGUUUUUGGAGAAUGUCCCAUAGGCAGAGUUACUCCUGUUGAUUCAGGGUUCUGGUGGAUUAUAAUGUUUCGUGCAUACACAAAGUCAACAGGAGACACCUCCUUGGCUGAGCUGCCUGAAUUCCAUAAGGGUAUGCACCUCAUCCCCACUUUGUGCCUUUCAGAAGGUUUCGAUACAUUUCCAACCCUGCUUCGUGCUGAUGGAUGCUCUGUGAUUGAUCCAAGAAUGGGUGCUUAUGGCUAUCCAAUUGAAAAACAAGCUCUUUUCUUUAUGGCCUUAAGAUGUGCUCUACUUCUACUCAAGCAAGAUGAAGGCAGAAAAUUUGCGGACAGAAUAAUUAAACGCCUCCAUGCUUUAAGCUAUCACGUGAGUAGUUACUUUUGCCUCGAUAUGAAACACUUGAAUGACAUACACCGUUACAAGACAGAAGAGUACUCUCAAACUGUUGUAAACAAGUUUAAUGUCCUGCCAGAUUCCCUAUCAAAUUGGGUUUUUGAUUUCAUGCCAAGUCGUGGUGGUUACUUCAAGUCCUGCUUGAAUGGAUUUCCGUUGGUUUUGUUUGGGUAA